GACGGCAGUAACACGGACAAAUCCGAGAGGAAGAAGCAGCAAACGGAUGUUGCUGUGUUUUGUUGUCAGCAACCGUUGCUGUUUCCAGAUAUUUCAGAGUUAAACUUCUUUUUCCAGCAGCUGAUUUAAAUCUAACUUUAACUUUAUAAACUUCUCUUUCUGCUCUGACUUCCGCCUCUCGACGAGUUUUAACCUGGAGUUUUUAGCUGGAACAUGUUUGAAAGUUGAGAUUAGCCUGCAGGCUAAGUGUUAGCUGAGGUUCAAAACAACUUUAUUUAAAGCGGACUUAUAAACAGUCCACAUGUCCCAGCUCAGUCCGGAUCAGUCCUUCUGCAGCUCAGGUAUUCUUCAGCCGGGCCGGGUACGCGGACCAGGAACAGGACCAGGACCAGGACCGGUCCAGAUAACUGUCCAGAAGCUACGGGACCCUCCCCGUGUCCAGCCUCCUCUGACCGAGCAUCGCUAUAAGCUGAGCCGCGGGACAAUGAGACAGAAGCCGCAAAACGGAGCUCCGAUUCGGCAAGAGGCGGAACAGAGGCCCGAAACCUCAGGUAACCACGUCCAGACGUCACGGUUCGCAGCCGGAGGUCGAAACCUCCUCCUGGCAGCUCUGAAGCAACGCUCCCACAGCGCCCCCAGGAGGACGGUCAAAGUACAGCUGCUGGACCAGAGGCGGCCCCCGUCCACAACAAAGCCCCAGGAUGAAAUGGGGGGAUCUUUGGACCAGGUGGAGGCGGGGCUGGCUCCUGGUCGCCAAGGAAACGCCUCCCAGGAGGCAGCGGUGGACCAGGUGGAGGCGGCAGCUGUUGCGUCUGCAGCUGCAGCUGCGUUAGCUGCUCCUCUGCUGAAGGCUCAGUCAGAAGUGGAAGUUCGAAUGUCUCAGCUGGUUGACAUCGUCGAGAAGCUUUUGCAGACUCAAAGGGGGCGGAGCCUGAGCCAGUGGUCGCUGCAGUACCUGGAGACUGUGCAGAGCCAGCUAGAGUCCACCCUCAGCAGAGAGACCGGCCAAGCCCCCCUGACCUCUGACCUCCCGGCCCAAAUGGAAAUUGCAGCUAAUCGCUGCUCUGUACCUGCUUCUUCUUCUUCUUCUUCUUCUUCUUCUUCUGAUGCUGUGAAAACCACUGCGGUUGUCAUGGAUACCCGCCGGCGUGACCGAUCUCCAGAUGAGUCCAGGGAUGAAAGGCGUCUCCUAAGAAAACCGUCCUCAGCCUUUCACGGCCAGGAGCUGCUGAGACCAGCUGGUGAGGGGGGACGUUUGAAGACUAACCAGAACCCGUCCAGACCUCCAGACCCUCGGCCGUCUCGGUCGGUCCAGAACCAGAACCCGUCCAGACCUCCAGACCCUCGGCUGUCUCGGUCCGUCCAGAACCAGAACCAGUACGGACCUCCAGACCCUCGGCCGUCUCGGUCGGUCCAGGUCCAGAUGACCCCUCUGGCCCCGUCCAUGCUGGAGGAGGCAGGUCAUGUUCUCCGUCAGGUUCAGAGACAGAAGAAAGUUCUGGAGGAGAAUCUGGAGAAUCUGCUGAGAGUUGAGGCCGGAGGAGUUCUACAAAGUCACCUGGAGGCGCUAGCUGCUAACAGAGACUGGUCUGAGGAGGUUCGCAUCAAGAAGACAGUGGACGCCUGGAUCAACUCUUUAUCCACAGAUGUCCAGGCUGAGACAACCUCUGAGGACCAUGCACUGACAGCUGGACAGAGGGGAGGACAGACAGCUGGACAGAGGGGAGGACAGACAGCUGGACAGAGGGGAGGACAAAGAAUGGCAUCAGACUCAGGAGGACGGAUGGACAUGGAGCCCGUGGACGAGGACGGAGAAUCGUACCUGAGCCGUCUUUAUGGCAGAGCUCCGUAUGAAGGCCUGAGACGAACCCUGAAAAAGAGUCCGUACCUGCGCUUCAGCUCACCUGCCUCACCUGUCAGCAGGAAGCUCCGCCCUCGACUAGUGGAGAGUGUCCGAGGUGUGAAGCUGAAGUCCUGUAAGACUCAGACCAGUCUGGCCCCUCCCCUCGCCGUGUCACCAGGACGACCUCAGCGCCAGCGUGUCUUUAGCUCCUCCCAUCUGACCUCAGGUGACCCCGGUGAUGGUGUCCCUGUUGCCGUGGCGAUCCCUCUGACAGCUCGUCCCAGGAUGGUUUACUCCUCCAGGUGUGAGCAUCCACAGGAAGUGACAUCACAACCUACGGCUCCUCCCUCUUGUGUAGCAGCCCCUGAGCCGGAGCAGCAGGAGCCUGAAGCCGAUGGAGCUCAGUCUCCUCCUCUUCCUCCUCUUCCUCCUCUUCCUCCAACAAACGCUGUCGACAUCCUGGAGAGGAAGAGCAGCGGAGAUGAGCCGGAAGAAGAAAACGUCUUUCCUGGAUCUGAGUUCCUGUCUGUUGGUGACGUUCAGGAGGAGGACAGUGUGGUGGGGGAGGAGUCUGUGGUGGGGGAGGAGUCUGUGGAGUUGGUCGGGGGUUCGUCUCCCCCUCCUGUCCUGUACCAGGGUCCAGUCUUCCCCCCCGUCGUGCCCCCCACCCUCCCUGCCCAAGAUCAGGUCUCGGUCCUGGGUAUCAACCAGCAGCAGGACGUCCUGGAGAACCGCCUGGUGGAAUGGCUGGAGCAGCAGCUGAUGAGCAAACUGAUCUCAGACAUGCGCCCCAGCACUUUCUCUGACCCCGCCCACAACGACAGCUCCAACCAAUCAGAGCUGGAGAAGCACAGCGCCUCCUCAGACACUGAGGGGGCAGGAGGAGGAGGAGGAGGAGGAGGAGCAGGAGGAGCAGGAGCAGGAGGAGCAGGAGGAGCAGCAGGAGGAGCAGGAGCAGGAGCAGGAGAUCUUCAGCUCUUCAUUGACUCGGACGUGUUUGUGGACUCUGAAUUAAUCCGUCAGCUCGUUGAUGAGGUUCUGAUGGAGACGAUUGCACUGAUGCUGGGUCAGAGGGACACUCUGGAUACUGGACCUGAACCAGCACCAGAUCAGGAGGACGUACCAGUUCCACUGGUCCCAACACCAGUACCGACUCCACCACCCAGUCCGACCCAGCCCAGCCCAGAGACCACACCUGUGACCACGCCCCCUGCAUCAGAACCAUCCAGCCCUGUGAACAACGGGCCCCACCCACCAGUCCCAGCGCCAGAGCUGUUGGCCACUCCCACUCCCAGCCCAGAGCCCGCCCCUUCUGCGGGAAUGACCACACCCCCCCUCACCUGGGGAGAUGCUGAAGUGCGAUUGGACGAGGAGAGACCAGAGCAACACCUGGAUGCAGAGAACCAGCUGCUCAUGUCUGAACCUCCUCAGUCCGACCCACAUUCCCCACCUCCUCCUCCUCCUCCUCCUGGACCCAGACCAGCGUCUCCCUCCAGCUCAUCAGAUGCCUCCAGUUCCACCAGCAGAACCAGUUCCACCAGCAGAACAGCAGGAACCGAAGCACUGAAACACAUCUCAGAGGGAGAACUUCUCCUCAGCGUCAACCAGCUGCUCGUCAUGGCGGAGGAUGAGACCAUCGGCAGUUUCUCCAGCUCUCUGCAGGACAUGGAUUUGGACCCCCCCAGUGACGGGCAGAUCCGAGGUCACAGCCUCCUGCUGGCUUUGGUGACCAAGAUGGAGGAGGGAGCUUCAGACAGAGGACAGAGACCACAGCCAGAGGGCUCCUGGAGAAUGGGAGACCAGGACCAGGACCAGGACCAGGAGGAGAUGAGUAUCGGGGAGUUCAGAGAAAAACUGAGGAGAAAACCAGAUCCUUCACAGCGGAGUCCAGUCUCCUCACCUGGACAGACGAGUCAGACGGCAGACUGGUCAGAACAUCAUCAUCAUCAUCGUCAUCAUCAGGAGUCCUGUCCUCAUGGUGAGUUUAGCGUUUCCAUGACAACUGCUGCUGAUGAAGGUUAGUCUCUGCAGCUGAGGAAGAGGAGGAGGUUGAGGAGGGAGGAACCAGGAGGAUGGAUGUUCAUCUGCCCUCAACCAGACCAGAGAAGGAGGAGAAGGAGGAGAAGGAGGUGAAGGAGGUGAAGGAGGUGAAGGAGGACUCUGACUCUUCCACCCACAGCGUUUUCUGAUUCUGAUUCUUUGGGUCAGACUCUUCAUGUGACCUUUGAACUCUGACUGUUUAAACCCAUUAAAAAUGAACGUAAUAAAUGCCUUUCACAAGAC